AUGUACGACGAUGCUGCAAGAAGAAAGUUCCUCAUUGAUACAGGUGCCCGGGUUAGUGCAUUACCAGCAACCGAUGCUGACCGUCAAGCAGGGUGCAGAGGGCCAGAACUUCAAGCAGCAAAUAAAUCUUCUAUCAAGACAUUCGGAACACGCAUUGUUCCAGUAAGUUUUUACGGUCACAAUUACCGUGGAAAUUUUUAUAUCGCUGAUGUAGCACAAGCCAUUAUUGGGGCUGACUUUUUGGAAGAGCAUCAACUCCUCGUCGAUGUCCACGGACAACGCAUCAUCGAUAAACAAAGGG